UCUCUCUCAUCGAUGUUUCUAACUCUCUGUCCCUCUCUGUAAAAAAUCAAUAAAAUAUAUAUUUUUAAAAAUGGAGAGGAUGUUACAUAGAAAGUGAUUGCUAAAUAUGAAUGAGACUCUGGUCUUUCUUCUGGCAGAUUGCCGACCUCCCCUGUCACGGAGGAAUGAUCCUAGAACCAGCAGUGGAGAGAGAGAGAAAGAGUGUGAUUGGGAGGGAGGGGGAGCUCCUUGGAAGGCUCAGGAAUGGUGAAUGCGGAGCCCUGAGCCCAGCGCCUGGCGUGGAGAUUCGUUCAGUGGUCUCUGCCUCCAAGACGUAUGUCCCAGUGGCACCUGACUCAUUUUUAACAACACUGUUCUUUUGUGUUCGACACAACCCCGCCCAUCACAACCUUGGAGGUCCUUCUGGACUCUUCCGUCCUCGCAUACCCACUCAUUGCACUGAUUUGUCUCCUCAGUCUUGCCAGCUGCUCUCUCCUCCCCAAACAGCCCUGUCCCAGUUCUGACUUCCAUCUUUGUCCAGACUUUUGACCCGUAUUCCUCAGUCCCUUAAAAGCCCAGGGUGAGGCUGUUGUUUCUCUCCCUGGCGGUCAGGAUCCAGCUAAACACUUGAAACUUUCCCGUCUGUUCCCUCCUCAGCCUGCCCCUCCCCCACUUGCCUGGUGCCCAGCCGCUAGCCCAGCACUCAGAUACCUGCCCCUCAGCCUCCUACAUGGCGUUUCUCCGCUUGAAACACUUCUCUGUCCAGUAGCCCCUCUUCUGCCCAGGGAGCCUGUCGGAGGCUCUGUCAAAUCCCUUGAGUGUCAUUCCUCCUGGGGGGUCCUUGCAUGUCCUUUGAUAAGAGGAGCAGCUGCCCCUAAAAUCAUGGGCUCCGGAGCACUUCAGCUCUGCCCAGCCCUGGACACCUGGCCUGUCAGUCACUCGUGUUACCCUCACCGGGAACAGCGGCCUCCUGUGUAGGUGCCAGCGAUGGAUGGGCCAUAUACAGUGCAGUCUGUUCACCCUCCUGCAGACAUGGGGCGCAGAAAGUCAAAACGAAAGCCACCCCCCAAGAAGAAGAUGACAGGCACUCUAGAGACCCAGUUCACCUGCCCCUUCUGCAACCACGAGAAAUCUUGUGACGUGAAAAUGGACCGUGCCCGUAACACCGGAGUCAUCUCUUGUACCGUGUGCCUAGAGGAAUUCCAGACACCCAUCACGUAUCUGUCAGAACCAGUGGACGUGUAUAGUGAUUGGAUAGAUGCCUGUGAGGCCGCCAAUCAGUAGCAAAAGAGAGGACCCACCCCCUUUGCAGACUCGCUGCCGAGGACCAGCCCGCUGGGUACCAAUCCAGAGACAUUCCUGAGGUCCAGGGUGUGGGUCCAGGGCCUUCGCAGCCCCCUGCCUGUGUAUGGAGUGAAUGUGGAUGUGAAUGUGUGACUGCAAGUGUGGCCAUGGGGGUGUGCUCAUGGGCAGGGGGCUCCAGAGGUCUGAACUGCCUCCCUUGGCUCCAAAAGCCCUUUGACUUGCUCCCUCUUUUGGCCCCUGACCCCCUGGCUCUGGAGCCCUGGCUUCUCCGGGGGCCAAUGUCCUGACAUCCUGGGUGAGAGCAAGCCCAGCAGAGACAGCCUCAGGACUCUCCGCCUCCUCACCCACCUCCCCAGCACCUUGCCCGUGUGAACUGGACCGCACGCCUCUGCCUUCCAAGGACUGUGGCCUGAGAUUCAGCACCACUGGCCCCCUGGCUGGGCCCUGGCAGGGGGGCCCCGGUUCAUGUGUAGUUGCUUUUAUAGAGAAGGGAGGGGCUGGGUUGGGGACUGUUAGUCACCAGUCCUUAAAUAAAGCAGCCGACGCAGA